CGGCGUAACUCAAUGGAGUAAUUUGUUGGGAACAAGGUGGUUGCUGCCAUUUUCUUCUCCAUUUGUUUGCACGCGAGUGACCCACAUGUCUCUUGUAACGUGUCAGCGAUUCAUUCGAGUUCUUCGAACUUUUUCAGCCCCUAGUUUAAACCCUUUCUUUUCGGCAGUUAAUCCAAAAAUUCAACCUUUCUGUCACCGGUCUGUGAGCUUUACAGUUGCGAGGUCCUGCAGCAAAAUGGCUUCAUACACAAUCGAGGAAAGAGGGCCCCAAAACUCCAUGGAUUAUCGCGUGUUUUUCAAGAAUGCAAGUGGAACUUAUGUAUCUCCAUUCCAUGACAUCCCAUUGACUCCACCAGGCAGCACUGAUCCGGCUGUAUUCAACAUGGUGGUUGAAGUUCCUCGAUGGACCAAUGCUAAGAUGGAGAUCAAAACAACAGAAAAGCUGAACCCAAUAAGGCAGGACGUGAAGAAGGAGAAAUUGCGCUUUGUCAAGAACUGCUUCCCCCACCACGGGUACAUCUGGAACUAUGGUGCAUUACCGCAAACCUGGGAGGACCCAAGCCACACGGACGAACACACCAAUUGCAAGGGUGACAACGAUCCCUUGGAUGUGUGUGAGAUCGGCUCCCGGGUGGCCAAGAGAGGAGACGUGAUACAAGUCAAGGUUCUAGGAGUGCUAGCCAUGAUUGACGAAGGUGAAACUGAUUGGAAGAUUGUGGCCAUUGACGUCAGGGACAAACUAGCAAACGUCCUUAAUGAUAUAGAGGACUUAAGGAAACACAUGCCCGGUUUUCUUGAGGCCACUUUUGAAUGGUUCAAGAUCUACAAGGUGCCGGACGGGAAACCUUUCAACACAUUCGCUUUCAAUUCCGAACCUAAAAACAAGGACUUUGCUCUGUCCAUCAUCAAGCAAACUCAUGGUCAGUGGCAGCAACUAAUGCAGGGCAAGACAGAUCCAGCAGGCAUUGUCUGCGAAAAUGUGACGGUAGCUGGCAGUGCCCACAUGGUAGCAGCUGACACGGCUAAACAAUUCUUUGAAGCUGCACCGGAAACUGGACAAGUUGAACCUGUUAACCCUGAGAUUGACGCAUGGCACUAUAUACCCCAACAAUAGCAGUCAGUAAUGCCACUCUCCCAGGAUGGUAGUAAGCUUUGACACGAUGCACCUGAUGCCUUCACAUGUCUCAUAGAUCCAACCAAGAAAUCAUGUCUAGAUAUUCCUCUUUUUUUGUGUGUCAUAGUGAUAUAGAGUUAAUCUACGAUAGCGUUUUUGUGCCUUAUGAAGCGUUGAUAUUUUAAAUAUCUCUGUAAUUUGUUAUUUAUGUUGUGAUUCACAUCGUUUCUUAACAGCUGAUAUUUUUUAUUAGUCAAAUCUUAUUACACCUCAAUAUUUUUUCUCUGAAUUUGUGAAAGCCUUUUUGCAAAUUAAACGCGCGUGCGCACAUCAUGAUUCGAGAGAGAAACAGUUAACCACACAUGUGCAAAAUCAAUAGCGGUGACCAGGCAAAUCAAACAAAAUUUCUUGUUUUGAAGUAAAUGCAAAGUUUUGAUUUUGUUUUACGGCACCGUGGUAUAAGAUGUUGUGUAUGCUCCAACUUUUGUGUGAACUAAAGUUUCUUUGUUCUUUUUGAUUAGAUGAAAAAUUGCAGAAUGCAGAUUCGGUUACCAAGUCUCCCAUAGACCUGUGUGCAUUCAGCUGCUUUGUUUAUCUCCCGAACCAAAUCGUUGAAUCUGAUGUGCGCACGUGCAUUUGAAUUUGCAAAAGAGGCUUAUCUAUUAGGUAUACGUAUAGGUACAUAUCUUCUGAUGAUGUUUCAGGGAUGACAAAUGCCAUUUGUUUUUCUACUUUAAGAUUCACUGUUAAGUAGGAUAAAAUAUAUGUUGAGAGAUUCACUGGUGUUGUAGCUAAACUAGGAGUGGGUAUGUGUCUCUGGAAUGAUCCCGAGGAUAAUAUCCACAACACACAUUGCCCUAUUAGAGUGAAAUGAUAUAUUAAUUGUUACUAAAUUAAGAAUGAUAUAGUAGUUUAUAUUACCCCUAAAUGUUUUCCAUGUUGUUUGUAAAACAACUUAUAUAGUGCUUAGAACAGGGUUUAAAAUGCUGCUUUAUUGGUGAUUUUUCUUCGUCGUCAAUUUCAUCUUGUGAUAGAGAUAAUGGUCGGGCAGUAGAGGUGGCAGCUUGAUCAGCUUAUAAAAAUACAUUUUUUUUUAAUACAGGAAUGUCUUUGUGAAUAAUGGGGAAUUGUAGCCUUUCUGUCGUUAAGUUGGUGUGAUAUAAGGAUUUUUGUCACCUUGCGUUUAAAAACCAAAUCUGCGUAUUGUAUUCUUUUAUGUUUAAUUGAGUUGACACAAUAGACACUUAGAGGUGUUCAAACAUGCAAUAAGUUUUGUAUCAAAUAAAACAAAUAUUGCACACUCUGUCUUUCUGUCUCUUGAUGCGGUGAAGAGAAGUGGAGAAAAUCUUCUGCUUCAUGCAAUACAUGUGCCUACUGACUUGAAAGAGAUUCUCAAGUAUGCGUUUGUUGAAAAAAAACCAUAACUUUGAAAGACCUCUGAAGAGUUUAUUUGUCAAGUAAGUGGAAAUGUAAAAAAAGUGGAACUUUAAUUCCAUGGAAUUUGGCAGCACUUGACUUAACUGUUAAGCAUUUGGGAGCUAAUCAUGUCGCGAGAGGGAUAAACAAUUGUAAUUGAAUAAUUUUACUAUUUUCCAGGAAGAUUAUUUUUUUAUUUUUUUUUCGUGGAAUCAUUGUUGCCACAUAGUUAUAUUAACUAUGGUAAUAAACUGUUGAAAAAAUGGAA